UCGUCGUCGCGAACGAAUGUGUUUCAAAUUUUAUCGUCUCAGGAGGAUAUCAGUUGUUUUCGGUGUUCUUCUUUCAUAGCAUCAUAUCUGAGUAAGGAGCAACGCUGUUAUCAGUGAAUUCGCGAUAAGCGACUUGUCAAUGUGGUUCUUCGAAACUGAUACUAAAGAGGUCGAUCCGAGUCACAGAAAAGGGUUAUCCAGUUGGUUCAUUUAAUUUGGUUUGAAUCCAAACACAUAACGAGUUUAAUGUUUCGAGUAGUCUCACGUGAACGCAAACGACGCGGAAUCGAUUAGUCACGUAUACAAUAAAUGUGAGUUCUUCGUCCCUUGUGAUACAAUCGCCGACAUCACAUGCAAGCUGCAAUAGAUGAAAUCAUUCAUGCCGACUAGUAAAGUGCUAACAAGUGAAAACGAAAACAAACGACAAAUGUCAACAUCAACACCAGUACUGGCGGUCAAAAUGACGCAACCUAUGUCUGUGAUAUUAGUGAUAAUUACAUUAGUGAUAACCGUUAGCGGAUUUAAUCUUGCGCCUCAACCAAAUUAUGUGUUCAAAGAACCAUCGCUCCAAACGUACAUGCAGAAAGUGCGGACAUCCCUGUUCGGAUUCGCUCUCAACUUAAGGCCUGGAGGCGUCAUCGUUGGCGCUCCCCGGGCACAAUCGAACCUCGCCUCACAGCGCAAGAUCAACGAAACCGGUGCGAUCUACAAGUGCCAUUACAACACCGGCGAGUGUGUCCCCUAUUACGUCGAUCGAAAUGGGAAUACCAACAACGAGAACGAGCCGUUUGCGUACAGUUCCGAGAAGAAGGACUACCAAAUGCUGGGCGCCAGCAUGGAUGGCCACGGAUCCGACGGGGAUCGGUUUGUGGUUUGCGCGCCAAAAAUCGUCAGCGAAUUGGUGGAUUACUAUCUGCUGCAUGGAAUCUGCUACGUUACCGAUGGGACGGAAACUGCCGAACCCAAAUCGGUGCGGCCAAUUUACCCGCUACGAGUGAAAGACAAACAGCUCUAUCGUGACAAAUAUAGUGGCGUCCAGUAUUACCACUACAUGUACGGCGAGCAGGGCCUGAGUGUGCACGUUACCGACGACAAUGAGGAAAUACUGAUCGGUGCCCCAGGUGUGUUCAAUUGGCGGGGCACGGUCAUUCGCUAUCGGCGCCAGAUCAACGAAGAUAUGGGUGGACUGAGUCGUCGUGAUGAGCAUCGAAAGCAAACGAAUCGCCAGAAGCGACAGAUCAUCAGCUACGUCGCCGACGUUCCCAAUCCCUACUUUACCCCAAUUGAGGACGACUCGUACUUUGGGUACGCUGUCAGCUCUGGCUUUUUUCAAGACAAUACCAAGCUACUGUAUGUGGCGAGUGCUCCGCAGAUGAAGCUGCAAACGGGGGAGGUUUAUAUUUUCGAUAUCAUAAACGCGGAUACUUUUCGCGAGACGCAAAUCAAAAUAAUGUACACCUUUCCGGGACAACAGCAAGGGGAGUACUUUGGUUAUGCACUAGUGACGGAGGAUUUCAACGGGGAUGGUCUACCAGAUUUAGCCAUUUCGGCACCUAUGCAUAGCAAAAACUUGGAAUAUGAUAACGGCGUGGUUUACGUUUACUUGAACGAGGGUAAACUGAGUUUCAAUCUACAAACAACCCUGUCGACGCAGUACGAGUUGAGUGGCCGAUUUGGUACCAGUUUGGCUAAGAUUGGUGAUAUCAAUAUGGAUGGAUAUAAUGAUAUCGCCAUCGGUGCACCCUUUGAGGAGAACGGCGCAGUCUACAUCUACCAUGGAUCAUCCGGUGGUCUGCUAACCAAGCCCUCCCAAAGGCUGAUUCCUCCUGAAAAUGGCCUUAUAGACCCAUCGACUCAGCCAAUGUUUGGGCAUGCCAUCUCCCGAGGCAAUGACAUCGAUAACAAUGGCUACAAUGAUCUGGCGAUCGGGGCGCCCAACGGAGAAACGGUUUACGUCUACAAAACAUACCCUGUGGUGCGAGUGUUCGGUAGCGUCACCUCGUCCAAACGGGAACUAUCUCCGGAGGAUACUGCAUUCCAACUGACCGCUUGCUGGAGAUAUGAAUCGGCUACCAACAUUCAGCAUGACGUGUCCUUCGGCUACUCACUGAAGGUGGAUGCUCAAAAUGGUAGGGCCCAGUUGCACGAUGGAAAUAACUUCUUGAAUGGCUCGGGCAAGAUUAAUUAUGACGAUUUCUGUCAGGAAUACGACGUGCGAGUGAAGCCAUCGUUUGCCGAUAUCUACAAACCGAUUUAUGUUGAAUUUACGUACAAUGUGAUCAGUAACAUUCCUACAAAUAGUGAAUUCUGCGAAAGGUGCGUGAUGACCGAUCCAACGGCGUCGAACAGUAUCCGGGAGAAGAUCUCCUUCAAAACGGGUUGCGCCGGUGAAACUUGCAUUGCGGCAUUAAAACUACGUGCUACUUGGUUGGACCUAACCUCACCAUACGUCAUUGGAAGCACCCGAACGGCUUCACUGCAAUAUGAAGUAGUGAACUCCGGAGAAAACGCAUUCCUACCCCAACUAAACAUAACGUUACCUUCGCUUUUGUCCCUUGCCAAACUACCUCCCCAGUGUAAACUGACUAACCUCAAUGACGGAUUAAAUCUUCUUUGUGAUCUCAACAAUGGUUUACCGUUGAAAACAAACGCCGACACUAAAAUGGCUCUCGUGAUGGACAUGACCAAAUUAGAGGGUAAAUCCUUUUCAAUCAACGCCGAUGUUUUCAGUACCAGUGAUGAGAAAGACAAAGAAGACAACUCGCUGGAAAUGACGGUCGACUUGCAAGAGUUCAGCGAGAUAGAGGUAGUGGGAAAAGCGUCCGUAUCGGAGGUGAACUUGGAGGAGCAAAGUGGCAAAAUCAAUGUCACCUAUCAAAUUCAAGUAAUGAACAAUGGGCCGAGCAGCUUGCGAGAUUUAACCUUCAAGCUGAAGGUACCGCUCGUUUAUUACAAACCUAGUUCGGCGGAUAUUCUCAAAAUCAUAAACUUCAACGACAUUCGGUUUGACGGUUACUACAAUUACAAACAUCUAGAUUUCACAUGGACUCAAAACAAUGUGAUCCUUCUUCCGAAUCCCAAGGAAUACUCCACGCAACCUCCGGAGGUGGACAACCUCUACAAGGCCAGCAUGGACUUCGGCCUGCUGUCUGGUGAUUCUAAUCCACCAAAUGAUGAAGUGAGUCUUUCAACGCGCCGCCGACGAUCCACGGAAGCAUUCAGCGAGCGUCAUUACAAUCGCUAUACAAAUGAAGUGAUCGAACAUUCCCGAUCCCGUCGUAGUCUCACGACAGUCAAUCCUGCGAUCCUGACCGGACUGCCAGCGAAUCGAACCCUUCUUUUCCAUUGCGGUCAGGAGGUAAGAAUCGAUUGCGCUGAGGUUAGCGUCCAAGUCGCCAACUUCAAGCCCGGAAACAUCCCAAUUGUGAUGAACAUGCAGUUCGAACUGGACUUGGAUCAGGUGGCCCGAAGUUUCCUGGAACGGGAGGAUAUUUUCGCCCUACAAAUACUGUCAGAGCUGCAGAAAAUGGAGGACGAGGAAGGCGUUGCCUUCAGCGUAGCGAAAAAUAAUCCUUUCACAGUGGUGUAUAAGCAUGCUGUCGCGAGUACACCUCUUUGGGUUUACAUCGUUUCGGCCAUUGGUGGAGUGCUGCUAUUGGUUCUCAUUUCGUAUGGCCUUUAUAAGGCUGGCUUUUUCAAGCGCGCGAAGAAGGAGGAAAUCGAGAAGUUACAUCGAGAGAGUGUUCGAAUGAACCAACCGGACACUGAUGACGAGCACUAACACGGGAAUUGUGUGCUCCGUGAAAGCCAUAAACGACAGUAACACAUUACCAAAUAGAUUCAUCUUAAGGGUCAAACAACAAUUUUUACAAGACUUUUUCGAUAAGCAUUUGCAUUUGUAUGUUAUUAUUUAUGUCAUCCGAAUAGAGUUUCUAGUGAAUAGCUUUAGGCAACUUUUUGUCAGAAUGUUAUACUUGUAUUGUUUUGGAAAAUAAAUUU